AUGACGAUUCACGCAUUACCCGUCGUUGAGGGAGAUGAAGUUGAAUCUCGCCAUCUUGUGAAGCGUUGUAGUUUUUUCAACACUUUGCUCGGUGGCUGUCCUAGGUCCGGCGAUAUUUGUGCGUCUGACCAAGAUUGCGGUAGCGAGUUGUCAUGUGAACCAGCGG